AUGGUCUUCUCGGGCGGAUCCGCACCUCCAUCGAAAGCAACGCGGACCCAGAAUAACAUGCAUUUGGGUAUCGACUACUCGACUUCGUCUUACGGUUCACAUCGAAGCAUGGUCGUGAAUGCCCUUCAAGUAAGACAGGCGUGA